AGGGAGGAUUUGGGGAGCUGAGGGGCUUUUCCUUUCUGUGCAAAUAGUUUUUAUAGUGUUUGAGGUGUUUUCUUGGAGCCUCUUUGAAGCUGUUUAUAAAGUGUAUCCUGGGUUUUUGCCUGCUCUGCUCUGAAAAGCUGAAACACCUCGUGUGCUGCAAUUUAAGAUGAAAGAUGAAAUUGCUGCCACGGUCUUCUUCAUCACAAAGCUGGUGAAAAGGGAAGAUAAGCUGAGCAAGGAAAAAAUAGAGAAAUUUGCAGCCAGCCUGACUGCCAUCCUGCUUGAGAAGUACAAGAAUCACUGGUAUGUGGACAACCCAAACCGAGGACAAGCCUACAGGUGCAUCAGGAUAAACAAACACGAGGCCAGAGAGCCCCUGCUGGAGCAAGCCUGUGUGGAGAGUGGUGUGGACUUCAAGGAGCUCGGUUUGCCCAAGGAGAUGACAGUGUGGGUUGACCCCUUCGAGGUCAGCUGCAGGUACGGGGAGAAGAACGAGCCCUUCACCAUCGUGCGCUUCGACGGGAAGGAGAACCCCGAGCUGCCGCAGCUCAUCAACUAUGCUGUGGAGAGGGCAGCCCUGGACUGUCACUCUGGCAGCUCCUCGGAUGAGGAGAGCUUCCCCAGGGAGCCCAGAGCCAUCCCUACUGUCAGCAACCCCAACAGUGUGUACCAGUCCAGUGACUACUACAAGGCUCCCACGCAGCCCUGGUCCCUGUAUCCCCCCAGGAAGACCUACCUGGCUGAUGGCUCCUACCAUGGCCAGCACAGGGUCUCCAGGCCCCCAGCUGCCUUCUCAGGGCCACGUGUGGACAGGGUUUGACUCUUGAAUUUGGGAGGAGGAGAGACUGUCUCCCCAAGCCUAAGAGCAGAGCUGGGCUUGGACAGUGCAGGACCUGCCUUCCUGUAUGGGAGAGAGCUGAGAUAUGGUGACUCCAGGACAAGUAAAGGUUGUCUGGGCUGGGCAAGUUGUUUUCAGUGGUGGAAAAUAAUAUUUCUUGCUCUUGGUGUGUAAUUGUGUAGAUACAGUCACUUGGGGUAAUUAUAUCUAUAGCUUUUGCUGUGUCAUAAAGUGAGAAAAGUGUAACUGUUCAGCUGAACUUCACAACAUGUUGUAGAUUGAUCCACCAGUUUAAAAAAUAAUGCAUUUGACACUGAGCAGAACUGAGUGAUUCUGUAUUUUGCUUCUAUUCCUGGA